GGGGACACGAGGCAUUGAGACAUCCAGUCAACCUAAGAUGGCCAGAAGAAGCUACAGAAACGUUGCUCUCGCCAUUGUGGCAUUGCUGGCAUAUACUGUCUAUGCUGAGGUCACACGAGAGAAAGCCAUCGAUGUCUCAGCAUUGAGCACGCAAGAAAUUGAAGAGCAGCUCCAGCAAUGCUCUGUAAUCCAGCAAAUUACCGCUCACAAUGCUGAGCACCAUCCGCCGACUUCGUCAUGGCUCUCGAGAGCCUUCGCCGUCCUCUUUCCAUUCGAAUCCCCCGCCUUGAACGCCCUUAUGGGAACGCUCUACAUCUCCGGUCCACCAAAUUUCUUGCUAGCACUAUGCCCACCGAACAUCGACCCGUCAAGCUUGAACAUCAUGGUAGCAUUCGCAGUAGGAGGUCUGCUGGGUGACACCCUCUUUCACCUGCUCCCAGAGAUCUUCUUGGGUGAGGUGCCAGAGGGAGAAGUUCGAGCUGUCCUAGUCGAGCCAAAUAAGAAUCUUCUUCUCGGUGUGGCAAUCAUGGUCGGCUUCGUCACUUUCGUGGGUAUGGAUAAGGGACUGCGAAUUGCUACAGGCGGAGCAGGUCAUACCCACGACCACUCCAGCCACAACCACGAACAAAGUAACGGACAAGCUGUAGCAAGCGCAACAGGGGUCGCAAAGCCCAACGAAAAGGAACUCAAGAAGCGAGGCGGCAAUCGAGACAAAUCACUCGCAGCAGCGCCGAAGGAAGAUGCUCCGAAGAAGGAAGUCAAGCUCUCCGCCUACCUCAACAUCAUCGCCGACUUUACACACAACAUAACCGACGGCCUUGCCAUGUCUAGUUCAUUCUACGCGAGCCCUACCAUCGGAGCAACCACCACUCUUGCUGUCUUCUGUCACGAGAUCCCGCACGAAGUUGGUGACUUUGCACUCCUGAUUCAGGGCGGAAUGAGCAAGAAACUUGCCAUGGGCCUCCAAUUCGUCACAGCAUUGGGUGCAGUCCUCGGGACAUUAAUUGGAAUCGCAGUCCAAGAAUGUGGCGGCAAUGCUGCUUCUGUUGUUCACGAAGCUGGUGUGGGCAACACAGGACUCUGGGGCACCAGUCUGCAGUGGGGAGACAUGUUGCUACCAUUCACCGCAGGGACAUUUUUGUAUGUGGGCACUGUAGGUGUGAUUCCUGAGAUGCUGGAGACGGGGCCAAAUGUUGGCAAAGAGUUGAGGACAACGGCGUUGCAGUUUUUGGCCAUGGCCGCGGGGGCGGGUAUCAUGUUGGGGAUCUCGUGGGACUAAGUGGAAGUGGGUUGAAGUUGUGAAGAGAAAAGUGGGGGUUUGCAAUAUAUCUAGAACAGUGAUCUUGGCGAUCAGUAGCCCUCUUUGGACAUCGUCGAGCAAUUCAUCCUUAUUGAGAAAGAGCUUAUGGUGUUGAAGGCUUUCGCAGGCGAGUCCAAGCAACGGUAAAGAUCGCCAGAGCGACCACUAAGUGAAGUAGAUGAGAUCGUAGCUGAACAACAGAAGCCACCGUUGUUGCGGGAGGCUGCUCUCUUGUCUGCCGGCG